AUGAGUAAAGGUGUGGUCCCAAAUCCUAUGAUCGUCCUUGCCGAGGAUGAGCAAUGGAUUGACCAUUUAGCACAACCUGGUUUACGAGUCGUCGAUGCAUAUGCAAAGUGGGCGGGCCCUUGUGAAGCCAUGCAACCUUUGCAGAGAAAGUUAAAGUCGGAGCUGCAGGCAAACGUCACUUUUAUUGCGGCACAAACCGACGCUAUAACUCAAUUGAUAAGAUUCAGGAACAAGAGUCAGCCCUUGUUCUUGUUCUACUUUAAUGGAGUCUUGGUCAAAGUCUUGCACGGUGCUAAUGCUCCUGCAUUUGAGAAAGCCAUCCGUGAGCAAAUCGAGAUUGAGAAGGCUGGUCAUGCUCACGCUCCAUACGUAUUCGAAGACGAAAUGGGCACAAUGUCACAAGGAGCUGCAGCAGCUGCCGCAGUCUCGCGAACAGAAAGUGUAGUAGCAACAGACAGACGCACUUCCCUCAAAGACGCCACUCCAGAAGGAGAAGUCACUGUAGCAAUCAUCAAACCUGAUGCCAUGCACCCGGCAGUCAUUGAAGAAAUCAUUGAAAUCAUGAAACGACACCGUCUAGAUAUCAUUCGUAAACGUAAACUGUGGUUAAAUACUGAUCAGGCUGGACAGUUUUAUGCUGAACACAAAGAAAAGGCGUUCUAUCCGCAUCUUAUCAAGUAUAUGACGAGUGGUCCUGUGUUGGCUUUCUUGUUGCAUAAGGAUGAAGGGACGAUCAAGGCCUGGAGGGAGUUGGCUGGACCCACGAAUUCCAAGCUUGCUAAAGAUACGGCACCAAAAUCUAUUCGAGCCCAGUUUGGUACAGACGGCACCAUGAAUGCGGUACACGGAUCAGAUUCACCAGCUUCAGCCGCUCGAGAACAAGCAAUACUAUUUGAUGACCCUUCAGUGCUAGAAAUGAUCUUCCCCAAAGUCGAAGGAGCCGCCGCAUUACAACAAAAGACAUUAUGUCUCGUCAAGCCCGAUGCUAUACCCCAUUUGGACGAAAUCAUCGAACGAAUCCUCUUCCAUGGCUUCCAAGUUAUUAAACGUGAAGAAGUUGAAUUUGGAUCUUCGGAUCGUACGAAUGAAAUGUUGCAGGAUAUCUAUCCUGAAGGGCCUGUUAGAGAUGAGGCUGUUGCAUUUUUGGACAAUUCACCGUCAGUGGGUCUUGUACUUCGUGGUGAUGAUGUGAUUCGAGCAUGGUUGGAAUUGAUUGGACCUGCUGAUCCAGAAGAAGCAAAACGUACCUACCCAAUGAGUAUUCGAGCCAUGUAUGGUACCGAUUUCGUGCAUAACGCAGUACAUGGAUCCACCUCUCCCGAAACAGCUCAACGAGAAAUCAACUUCUUGUUCCCCAAGGCCGGUUUGAAGUCUGCCUCAUCGCAAUGGCUUGCAUCAUCAAACCCAAGCUUGACGGGAUCUAAAGGCAAUCUUGUCAAGGGAUCUAAAGGCGAUUUGGUCAAGGGCUCCAAUAAUGCGCUUAGUAAUCAGGCGCCAUGGGCUGGAUCCGCCAAGAGUGUUGCAACUCCUGUUGCGUCUCCUCCAAAGGAGACUGUUUCACUUCCUGAAGCUACUCCACCUGCCACUGAAAAGAAGGCAGGCUCAAAGGACAUGCUCGCCAAGAGUCGGGCCAAUAGCAACAAUGUGUUGAAUGACAAUGUGAAGAAGGUUGGAAUGUCUGUCUCUACACUUGAGAAGGGGCCCAAGGCACCCUCAGAGGGUAAAUCACCUACGAGACCAGGCAGUGCUGCAUCACCAUCUCGUCCUUCGAGUGGUUCUCCAACUAAAUCAAAAUCGAAGUCGAGUCUGGUUGGCAAGCCUGAUGACAUGAAGAAAUCAAAAGCUUCAUUAAAAGAAACACCAGCCCAAUAA